UGAUUACAAACACGGAAAUAGAGAAGGUGGACGUCAGCGUUCCACUGUUGCAGGAGCUUUAUAAGUAUAUUUUAAUUCGCUUGAUUGCAUAAAAGCACAGCUCAUUUUUCGCCUUUUCAGUCUAUGGAUUUUCUGCAGCUGCUAUCAUGUGCGUGCAUCAUAUUCACCGUCGGGAUGUUCACGACGGGAUUGACCGACUUAAAGAAAAUGAAGACCACACAGAGUGCAGAUAACGUUCAGUUUCUGCCCUUCCUCACCACAUGCUUGAAUAAUCUAGGCUGGCUGUACUAUGGAUUAUUAAAGGGAGAUGGAACGGUGAUAUCUGUAAACAUCAUUGGGGCCUUUUUACAGACGUUAUACAUCAUCACCUACUGUCAUUAUGCCAAAGACAAGAGGCGAGUGUUCUCGCAGACACUGACGAUGGUGAGUGUGUUGUGUGUAGGCUGGGUGUAUUUUACUGUGGUGAUUCCUUCUGGAGAAGCUCAACUCUCUCAGCUGGGCCUCGCCUGCAGUGUGUUCACCAUCAGUAUGUACCUCUCUCCUCUCGCUGAUCUCUUGGAUAUUGUGCGAAAUAAGUCUGUGGAGCGCUUGUCUUUUUCCUUGACCGUGGCUACAUUUUUCACAUCCACAUCAUGGACACUGUAUGGCCUUCAACUCCAUGAUUAUUAUAUAAUGGUGCCCAACACACCCGGCAUCUUUACUAGCCUCAUCCGCUUCUUCCUCUUCUGGUGGUUCGGAGCUAUCAUUCCAAACAAGCCCUCCUAUAAACUGAUCCAAAUCUGAGAGAGGAUUUCGACUAAAUGUGAUUGAAUCGAAUUAAUUGCCUUCUCUCCUUUUUACCCAAGCCAGAAAACAUUCUGGUUUGAGUUUCAGACUUCCAUGAUACCUUCUGAACUCAAAACUCUAGUGAAACUGCCUCUUUAAAUUCUGAGGACAGACUAUUUUCUUGUCUGUUUAGUCAAAAGGAUAGUUCACCCAGAAAUGUAAAUCAUGUCAACAUUUACUCAUCAUAUUGUUCCAAACCUGUGUGACUUUCUUUUUUGGAAGGUAAACAAAACAGUUUGGCUGCCAGAAUUCCUCAGAAUAGCUUCUUUUUUUUCUUCUACAUAAGAAACAGUCAUACAAGUGUGGAAUGACAUGAGGAUGAGUAAAUAAUAGAAUUCUCAUUUUUGGAAAAGCAACCCCUUAAGGAUGUUUACUCCAAAAAUACAAAUUGUGAAUUUACUCACAAUCAUAUUCCAAACCUGUAUGACAUGUUAAGACAUUUUAAAUGACAUAGAAUUGGACCUGGAGCAUUCAGUGUUACGAAAGACACCAUACUGUAGUAGUCAUACUCAAAGUUUUCUGAAGUCGUGAGUUAAGUUUUUUUUGUGACAAAUUCAAUAUUUUAUUAACUGAUAAAUCUUGAUCUCAGCUCUCCUUGGGACAUGUUUCAUGAAUGGAUUGCUCUUUUAAAUGGUUUAUUUAACGAAUCUCUUGAUUCAACUAAAUAAUUCAUACUCAAAUAGGACUAAUCCAGUAUUUGAGCUCACUUCAGGGGAAGAUUAUUAUCUUAAAAACACAUGCAUAUGACUUUAAUAUCAAUUUUUUAAGAGCCUGUACCUGUUUUCUUGUAACUGGAUGAAAAAAAAAAGAUCUCCUUAGAAUUUUUUUUUUGUGUGUGUGUUUCCUGGAAGAAAAGUCAGUCAUACAGGUUUGUUUUACUCAUAAGUAUGAGUAAAUAAUGACUGUGAAUUUUAAGUUCUUUGAGUGACAGACUAUUUUCACUUUGUAUUUUUGGUUAAUCCUUAUAUCUAUGAGGAGGCUCUCGGUUUGUUUGCAGUUGUUUCUUAGUUAAAAGGUGUUCAAAUCUGCAAACAUAACAAACCCUGAAUGGAGAGCUUAAAACUUUCUUAUUUCAGCCAUUUCUCUGAAAGUGAUGUUACCAUUAGUCUCUCUCUCUCUAUAUAUAUAUAUGUAUGUAUAUGUAUAAUUGUAUAAUUUUUUUAUAUUGGUACCAUACAGUUCCGGGUGGCCUUUAGGAAAAGAUCACGUUCUAUAACUUAAAUAAUGAAUGUAGCGUUUACAAAUCGUUUAUUAAUCAUAGGAUACUUUGUUAUAACAUUGUUCUUAAUUGUGGCCAUAUGGCAGUUUGGCAGCUCUUUCAUCCGCAUCCAACUCAAGUGACGAAGCCCAAAAUACAUUUUAUAAGCGUAAAACCUUCCUCUGUGCGGUAGAGAACAACGCAAACAUAGGAAAUUAGUUUAACUGAAUGUCAUUAGAUUAAGAGUAUCUGCCUCUGAGAUUAAAGAAUAUAGGACAACUUGGUAUGCCUCUGUUUACAGUUCUUGUUUUGUAGCUGGAACAAAAAGGCUUUGUUUUUUUCCCCUCUCAGUGACACGGUCACUGUCAGAACAUCAUUAUUUACAGUGAGCCCAUAAACACAUUCAUUUAAAUGAACAAUAACUUUAUUCAUUCCCCUCACGCAGAGAACACCAAAGUCGCACAAAAUCUAAAGGCUUUAUUCGUUGAGUUGUGGUGACACGCAGGGCAUAAGAGGAGGAGUAACCAGCAAAUUAACUUUGAUUUAAAUGUACAUAUUCUUAACCCAUAAAAUGGGCCAAUGAAACUCUUGAACUGUCAUUGGCUGUUAAUGUUGUUUUGCAUAUGAUAAUAUUGGUUUGAUCUGUGACAAACAAACCCUUUAUUGGGUCUUUCUGUACAUCAUGCAGUACUUAAUUCACCAAAGCCUUCUGAGUCUCCAAGACUGGGCUUUGUGAAUUAAAAAAAGAAAAAGAAAAGGUUAUGAUAAUUUAUUCCCUAUCAACUCUGUUUCAUUGUUUUAUUGUUUAUGGCUUUAGUUUUGUAAGUUAAUUGUGGGGUUGUUUACAGUUAAAAUUUUUGGGGUGUUUAAUGUUAUUGUGUUACUUUUGUACUAUUUUGUGUCCUAUGCAACAGUGUGUAUUGUAUCAGAAGGGAUUUAGAGGGAUGUUCUAUCUGGAGUUUUCUGGGGAAAAAUGGCAGAAAUAAUUUUUAUAUAACCUUCAAUUUCUGGCUGAGACAGAGAGAAGAUGUUAUGAGAGCUUAGCAGGGGAAUGUGAGAGGAUUUUGUUCUGGUCUCAAAGAGGAUCAGCUCUGAUUGUGAGCUAUGAAAACUAAAAUGCACUCAAAAGCCAAGGCAUAAAGGGUGCUGACAGACAUUUUAAUUUCUGUGGGAAAUAACAGCACAUUUAUCUCCUGCUAUCAGGUGUUUGGUUUUGUAGAGCUCUCGUCAAAUGUUUGUAUGUUUGUGUUUUUUGCUUGUUUGUAGUUUGUCUUCAUUAACACGAGCGAGUGGGAAUCGUGGGUUUGCCUUUUCUCAGUGCCUAUGGAUUCUUUACAUGCUUUUCCUGUCUGCUUCUCAGAGAAAGACAUGAAAGGGGAAAAUAAUUUGCGGGUGGUGAUUGUUUAUCAAGAAAGUGAAUUUUUUAAAGAAAAAUAAAAAAAAUUUGUGAUUGGCAAAACCUCUUUUCUUAAGUUGUUCAGACCUGUUUUUUCAAAUGCUUUUAGUGUAAAUGGUAAAAUUUACAUAGAUAAACAAAGCAUUAGAAGAUCAGUGCUUCUCAACUGGUGGGUUGUGACCCUAAACGGGUCAGCCCUUACUAACAUUAACCAUGGUUUACCAAAACCAAAAAAAUCAUGGUUAGUAUAGGUAAAUCAUGGUAACCACAAAUUAACCACUAGCAAUAGUUAUACAAAUUGUAAUAAUUAUGCCAAAAAAAAAAAAAAACAUGGUUCCUAAUUUUUUACUACAGUAAAA